UGAAUGUAUUGGCGGUAGUGUACGGGCAAUUUCGAUGACAGGAAAAAGCAGGAAAAAGGCCGACAUGGUCUCUACGAACUUUCCAUUAUUGUGUGAUUUAUGUGUCAGUAUAGUAUGCGUAUGUAUGCGUGUAGAAACCGAGCUAAUGAAAAAAAUCACAAUUUCACCCAUUCAUAUUUUCACCCAUUUCGGCCAUAUCUACUUCAAUCAGAUAACACUAUAAAUAAUUUUCUGUAAACAAAUUCUCGAUCCCUCGUACAAACGAAGUUUUUGGCCCAAUUGCGCUUAAGGUUAUUUCCAUUUUAAACGAGAUUUAAAACUUUAUCUCUCCCACUCUCUUGACUUUAAAGAGAGAAAGUGAAUUUUAAAUCACUUAAAGGGUACUUUCCAUUUAAUGAUACAAGUCGACACAAAUCGACACAAGCGUUGUAUUUUUCUUGGCAUUCACAGAGUGACAAAGAUAGAACGACACUUGCGUUGACUCGGUUGACUGUGUCAUCAAAUGGAAAAAACCCAAAGUAAUGUGAAAUCGGGCCUUAUAGAAAUAUUUACAUUAUCAUUUAUAACAUUAUAUUUGUAACAAUAUUUAUAACGUUUAUGUCUAUAUUCUUAAUGAUGUAAUAAAUCAUAAUUACACAAAACAUGUAAUUUAUAUUUUUAUCUUUCGGAGACCUUGGCUGAUUACUGAUUUAUUACAUGCACAUUUUAAUAAGUUUUUGUGAGUCUGAAUAGGACUUUACGUAACACGAUUUUUUUUACGUAUCUUCGAGACCUUCAAGUUAACGAUUCGACUAUCGACUCAGUAAUUAGUUUCCCGUUUACUUUCGAGCAAACAUACAUUGCACGUGAGUCUUAUUGUAUUGCCCGAUUGUCGUGGCAUCUUCCAACAGACUACAACAGUGAGCAGAAUUUAUACGAGAAGUUGUUUGUUCCCUAGCCUGUUUUUUCUAAAAAUGACCAUCACGCUUUACACUACUGAGAUGAAUGAAAAUAUGUCAUCAAAAGAAGAGGUGCUGACUGAUGUUUCUUGCGAGAUAUCUAAUAACGAUAACAAUGGUGAGGUAUUACCCCUUAAACCCUCUUCUUUAGAGGAUCAAUCUAAAGAAGAUCAACCUAAGAUGGAUCAGUCUAAGGUGAAUCAAUCUAAGGAAGAUCAACCUAAGGAAGACCAAUCUAAGGAUCAACCGAAGGAUGAUCAACCAAAGGAGGAUCAAUUGAAGGAGGAUGAACCUAAGGAAGAAUGGUUAGAUAUAAUUGGCAAUGGUCAGCUGAUGAAGAAAGUUAUAAAGAAAGGCACAAAAGACGUAAAGCCAAUACAAAAAGAUAUAUGUACAUUAAAGUUUACUGGUGUGCUUGAUGAUGGCACAGUGGUGGAAGAUCAAAAUAAUAUUUCGAUACAAUUAGGAGAUUUUGAAAUAGUACAGGGAUUAGACCUAACGAUUGUAUUGAUGGAAUUGGGUGAAAUUGCUGAAAUUAAAAUCGAUCCUAGAUUUGCUUAUGGCACACGUGGAGAAGGAUCUAUACCACCUAAUGCUACUAUUACAUACACAGUUGAAUUGAAAACAAUAGAGGAUAGUCCUGAUAUAGAAAGUCUAAGCGUCAAGGAAAGGAGAGAAUUAGGUAACAAGAAACGCCAACGUGGAAAUUGGUGGUUUGUUCGUAAGGAGCUUAAUUUUGCAAUACAAUGUUAUCGGAGAGCGUCAGAAUAUCUACAAAUAGACGGUAUGAAUUGGAAUGAAGAAAAUGAAGAAUCAGGUCCGAUUACUGAUAGUCAACUGCAGGGACUGUUGGAUGAUUGCAUAAAAGUGUAUAACAAUUUAGCAGCUGCAUUAAUUGAGAUAGGAUCUUAUAACACAGCUUUAGAAAAUGUUGAGAGAGUUCUGAAGUAUCAACCAAAAAAUUCAAAAGCUUUAUUUAGAAAAGGAAGGAUAUUAAAAGCCAAAGGGAAUUAUGGAAAGGCUUAUAUGGCUUUCCUUGAAGUGCAAAAGAUAGAUCCAGAUAUAAAAUCGUUACAAACAGAAUUAAUAACUUUAAAAGAAAUAAUUUUAAAACAGACUGAGAAAGAAAAGCAUCUGUAUGCUAAAAUGUUGGGUAUAAAUAAAGAGACUGAUAAGUCAUCAAAGAAUAUAAAAAUAGAAGAAAAAAGUAAACUCGCUAAAGGAAUUCUAUGGACUGCGAUUGGAGCAUCUGCCGCUGUUAUCGGUAUACUUGUACACAGAUUUGUUUCAUGAAGAAAAAAGAAAAAUGGAUAAAGACAAAGAAUUAAUGAGGUACAAGAUAAGUUGUAUUCUUUGUAUUUUUAAUUAACAGAAAUAUAUAAUUAAAUAUAUUAAGUUUUUUAAUUACAUAUCAAGUUAUAUAUUUCU